AUGUGUGGUGUAAACACAAGAUCACCCAAAACUCCCACAGCUCUGCCAAAUUUUAAAGCAAACAGCAAACUACGAUCAAAGCGUUCAAAUCCUUCCUGUACUUACAAUAUCGAAUUUGAUUCAAGAAAACAAUGGCCACAAUGUGCAGAUAUAAUCAACAUUAUUAGAAAUCAAGGCCAAUGUGGGGAUUGUUGGGCAGUGGCAAGUUCAUCUACAUUUACUGAUCGGUACUGUAUUGAGAGAGCUAAGAAAGGCUUAAAUACACCAGUCUCUGAUCCUGAUAAUCAGUCAUCAGAUGAUGAAAUUCUUAGUUGCGCACCAUCGACUAGCGGAUGUAACGGUGGAUCUCCAUACUAUGCAUGGCAAUACAUGAAAAAGAGUGGUGUAGUCUCUGGAUCAAAUUUUGAACAAAAGACCGGUUGCAAACCAUAUUCUAUUGAUCCAGCAACCCCUGGUCACACACCUCAAUGUGUCUCGAAAUGUACUAAUUCAAAAUGGCCAAUUCAAUAUAAUAAUGAUAAGAAAUUUGUUAUAUCAACUGGUCAGAUUUUGCCGAAUAUGGCUGUUUCUGAAGCAGUUAAGACAAUGAAGGCAGAAAUUAAAGCAAACGGUCCAAUUACGGGUGUAAUGGAUGUUUAUGAUGAUUUCUAUCAUUAUGGUGAAGGAGUUUAUAAGAGAACAACAAACAAAAACCCACUAGGGCAUGCAAUUCGUUUAAUUGGGUAUGGAAAGCAAACAUGUUCAGGAAAGGUCCAACCAUUUUGGCUUGCUAUUAAUUCAUGGGGAAAAGACUGGGGAAUGAAAGGAGUAUUUAUGAUUGCUCAAGGAAGUGAUGAAUGCAAGAUCGAAACUUGGGGAGCUUUUUUUGGGAAACCUAAAGUUUAA